AGUCCAUUUGGUAACUUCUCUACAAGGAGAAUAGAGACAAAACAAAUAAAAAAUGGGUGCUCCUGAUCAUCAGUUUUCCCCGCGGGCAUUUCUCGGAGUUUUUCUUUUCGGCUUUGUAACAAUGGCUGCCAUUCCUGAGCAUGCAUUUGCAGCAGGCAUAACAAGGCACUACAAGUUUAAUAUUGAACUAAAAAACGUGACAAGACUUUGCCACACAAAGAGCAUUGUGUCAGUAAACGGGCAGUUUCCAGGACCUCGCAUUGUAGCAAGGGAGGGCGAUCGCCUCCUUAUCAAAGUUGUCAACCACGUCAAGAACAAUAUUUCCAUCCAUUGGCAUGGAAUUAGACAACUUCAAACAGGGUGGGCAGAUGGGCCUGCAUAUGUGACUCAAUGCCCCAUACAAACAGGCCAGAGCUAUGUGUACAAUUACAGCAUUACAGGCCAAAGAGGAACCCUUUUCUGGCAUGCUCACAUAUCAUGGAUAAGAGCCACUAUCUAUGGCCCCAUAGUCAUUCUUCCCAAGCGUGGAGUUCCUUAUCCAUUUACCAAACCUUAUAAAGAAGUUCCCAUCAUCUUUGGAGAGUGGUUUAAUGCUGAUCCUGAGGCGGUCAUUAGCCAAGCCUUACAAACUGGUGGAGGCCCAAAUGUCUCAGAUGCCUACACCAUUAAUGGGCUGCCAGGCCCUUUGUAUAACUGCUCUGCUAAAGAUACAUUCAAGUUGAAGGUGGAGCCAGGGAAGACUUACCUUCUCCGCCUAAUCAAUGCUGCAAUGAAUGAUGAGCUCUUUUUCAGUAUUGCAAACCACACUCUCAAAGUCGUUGAAGCGGAUGCUAUCUACGUUAAACCUUUCGAUACGGAUACUAUUCUAAUAGCCCCUGGGCAGACCACAAAUGUUCUCUUGAAGACCAAACCACAUUUCCCAAAUGCAACAUUCUUCAUGACUGCUAGACCAUAUGCAACUGGUCUUGGCACUUUUGACAACUCCACUGUUGCAGCCAUCCUAGAAUACGAAUUUCCGUCCAAGUUAUCUCCUCACUCAACCCUCCCAAUGAAGAAACUUCAACUCUUCAAACCAAUCUUGCCCGCUCUAAACGACACUUCUUUCGCAACCAAAUUCUCGAACAAACUCCGCAGCUUAGCCAGCACUCAAUUCCCUGCCAAUGUCCCUCAAAAGGUCGAUAAGCGCUUUUUCUUCACGAUAGGCCUAGGAACAAGCCCAUGCACACAUAACCAAACAUGCCAAGGGCCUAAUGGCACAAUGUUUGCUGCCUCAGUCAAUAACAUUUCUUUUGCACUUCCAAGAACUGCCCUUCUCCAAGCUCACUUCUCUGGGCAAUCAAAUGGGGUUUACUCUCCCAAAUUUCCAACUAGUCCCCUAAUUCCGUUUAAUUACACUGGCGCCCCACCGAACAAUACUAUGGUGACCAAUGGAACAAAAGUUGCUGUUCUUCCAUUUAACACAAGUGUUGAGUUGGUUUUGCAAGACACAAGCAUUCUUGGUGCAGAAAGCCACCCACUCCAUUUGCAUGGAUUCAAUUUCUUUGUUGUUGGUCAAGGCUUUGGCAAUUUUGAUCCCAAUAAGGACCCUGCUAACUUCAAUCUCGUUGACCCUGUUGAAAGAAAUACUGUGGGUGUACCUUCUGGUGGGUGGGUUGCUAUAAGAUUUUUAGCAGAUAAUCCUGGUGUAUGGUUCAUGCAUUGUCACCUUGAGGUUCACACAAGUUGGGGCUUGAGAAUGGCUUGGGUGGUCUUAGAUGGAAAGUUGCCCAAUCAAAAGUUGCUUCCUCCACCUGCGGAUCUUCCGAAAUGUUGAUCUUCAUUGACUCACUUUGAGAUUUUCUCCGACUAUAAAUUCGUUCCUAAUUGUCUUGUGAUUGCAUUUGAAUUUAUUCUUUGCAUUCUUUUUUUUUUUUGUUUUCGCGGUUUUGGUGUUGUAACGGUUUGAUUUCAAUAACUUGUAGUCUUUAUCCAUAUGGGAUUGAGGAGAGAAGAAGAGUGAGAAGUUUUGUUUUGUAAGAUUGAAGUACCUUAAUGGAAAAGGCUCAAAUUUGUAUUU